CCGGUGUGUGGUUUGGAACACAUGUGCAGACGUACCAGAGAAAGCAAAACAAAUGCUACAGAUUGCAUAAGACAACAUAAUAAUAUGAAUGGACGGGGUCCGGUGGGCGUUCCGUUGCGGUUCGUGGGUACCGACCCGUUCCGAGUGGACACUGGCGGCCCGGUGCGUCCAGCUGGAGGAGAAAGAACGAAUCGGUCAGUUCGUGUUCGCCAAAGAUGCAAAAUCUGCCAUGGCUGGUCGUUUACUAAUCAGAAAGCUGGUCUGUGAGAAGAUGGGUUUUGCAUGGGACGCGUUUCGGCUGGAAAGAACGGCACGGGGUAAACCUUUCCUGCCACGGACCUCAUCCGCCCCCGGCAUCACCCACUGGAACUUCAACGUGUCUCAUCAAGGAGAUUAUGCUGUGCUGGCAGCAGAACCGGGACGCCAGGUGGGCGUAGACGUGAUGAAGACAAGCAAACCAGGCAGUAGCUCUGUUCAGGAGUUUUUCCGCAUCAUGAAUCGUCAGUUCACGGAUCUGGAGUGGACGAACAUCCGAACGGCCGGGUCAGACUGGGACCAACUGGACAUGUUUUAUAGACACUGGGCGCUGAAGGAGAGCUUCAUCAAAGCGAUUGGCACAGGGUUGGGCUUCGACCUGCAGAGGGUGGAGUUUCACAUCUCGCCCAAUCAGAUGCGAGAGGGGCAGGUGUACCGGCAGACGCGAAUGUACCUGGAUGAUGAAGAAGAGGACUGGACGUUUGAGGAGAGCUUAUUGGACAAAGACCAUCACGUCGCUGUGGCUCUGGGAAAACCAGAUAUCAGCACGUUUGAAGAGGACGGAAGGACCAUUUGUGAAGCUCCGCCCCUUUCGUUCACACUGUUGAGUUUCAGUGAUCUGGUGUCUAAAGCCACGCCCCUUCUAGAGGAAGACCCCGCCUACUGGGACAGAUUUCAGAACAAAAAGGAAGCGCCUUCAAGACAAAGUGAACAGCAGUGAAUAAAUUACGUUUAUAUACAACUACUUCGUUCUUUUGGGCUCGUUCCUGUUUUGAAGUAUCUUUUGAACUUCCAACUCUAAAAAAAAAUUACUGUUUUGAAGAUUUACACAGGAUGUUCAUAAAAGUAAACUUGAACUAUCUUUGAGACAUGGAUUUCAUCAAACUGAUUCAUUACGGCAGACAAGCCAACUAUUGAUGUUUAUGCAGCUGUUUUCCCUCCAAAAUGAUGUCACUUCCUGGAGGAUGAUGUCAUCACGGAACGGUUUUAGUUUGUUAAUGAGAUACAAACUUUAAAGUUUUAUUCGAUCCGUUUUACAGUAUGAAACCAUGAAAAUGUACUGCACAGGAAUGACCCGUUUAUGUAAGAGAUGAGUUUAUUUUCCCAACCUACACCUCCUAAAGUCUCUCUCUCGCUCUCUCUCGUUCCCUCCAUCUGCCACCGUCUAUUUUUACCAGCAGUCAUUCAGCAGGCCAUUAGCUCUGUGUGUUUGGAAGGUCCUGCUUUUAACAAAUCUCUGCCGUUCGGACGCAGGUAUGCGUUUCCGCUCCUGUUGUUUUCGCUCUUGCGCCGUUAUUUCAUUUGCGCGGUAAAGUCCCUCCCCUCGCGCUGAUCGACAGGAGCUGCAGCCACACGGCUCGUGAGUUACUGAGUCUGUCCAAACUCGUACAGUAGAGUUUAAAAGAGCAAAGUCAAUUACAGAUCGGUCAAGGAUGAACUCAUCGAAAUCGCAGAUGGGAUCCGGUUUAGAUUAAACUCUGUACCUAGAUGUAAUUAGAUUUUUUCGAAAGUAGGAAAAGCGAGACCAAACAGAUUGUUGAGCGAUGUACAUUUCAAAUUGAAAUUUUAAUAUAAAUGAGAUUUCAUAAUGUAAUUUAAUAAUGCACCAUCCAAUUAAAGUCUUUUGGCUGCACAUGAUUUGCAUUUUCUUGAAGAUAUUUAUG